AAAUGGUGGAGAAUAACACUCUCAUAAUCACAGGAGGAGUGGUCGUAGUUUCGAGUAUUGCUAUCUACAUUUAUUUGAAAGCAACAAAUACAUGCCCCUUCUCACUUUGUAAAAAGAGCAAGAAACGAACUCUUGUCGAUGAUUCUGUCAAGUAUCCACUUCCGUUGAUUGAAAAGUUCGAGAUCAGUCAUGACACGAGAAAAUUCCGAUUCGGAUUACCAUCGAAGGAUCAUAUUCUUGGGCUUCCAAUCGGCCAACACGUUUACCUCACCGCAAAUAUUGAUGGAAAGAUUAUCGUUCGCCCAUAUACUCCAGUAUCCAGCGAUGAAGAUCUAGGAUUCGUUGAUUUGAUGGUGAAGGUUUACUUCAAGAACACAAAUGAGAAAUUCCCAGAAGGUGGAAAAAUGAGUCAACAUUUGGAGAGCCUCAAGAUUGGAGACACGAUCAAUUUCCGCGGGCCACAAGGAAAUAUUGUUUACAAAGGUCACGGAUUGUUCAGCAUCAAAGCCGAUAAGAAGGCCGAGCCGAAGAAUCGAGUUUUCAAGCAUCUUUCCAUGAUUGCUGGAGGAACCGGAAUCACACCAAUGCUUCAAGUCAUUGCUGCCAUUCUUCGUGAUCCAACUGACACCACUCAGAUCAGACUUUUGUUUGCAAAUCAGACUGAGGACGAUAUUCUGUGCAGACAGGAACUUGACGAUCUUGCAAAGGAGCAUCCAACUCGUUUCCGUGUAUGGUAUACAGUCGAUAGACCACCAGUGAUGUGGAGCUAUUCCUCUGGAUUCAUCAAUGACAGCAUGAUCAAGGAAAACCUCUUCCCACCUGGCGAUGAUUCUGCUGUUCUCUUGUGCGGACCACCACCAAUGAUCAACUUUGCUUGCAUUCCGAACCUUGAGAAGCUCGAAUACGACCCAGCAAAUCGUCUUCUCUUCUAGAUCAAUCAGGAUCCCCAACUACUUUCUGUGUUAUUAAUUAGUUUCAUCGCCAUUCUCAAUGUUCAUGUAUUUGACUACAAUAGUAAACCUUUUUCUAACAU